UGAGGCUAAUCAUUAACUCUGUGUUUAUAUAAAGAAUGGUCCACAUUUGCAAUGGGGACAACACUACCUACAACCAUGGCCAGCACAGUGAGCUCCAACACCAUCACAGGAGACUCAGAACUGUCUUCAUUGUCAGGAAACAUCCAAAAUGCUGCUGACAUCUCUGUCAUUGUCAUCUAUUUUGUGGUGGUGAUGGCUGUCGGAGUAUGGGCGAUGCUGAAGACCAACCGAAACACUGUUGGAGGUUUCUUCCUGGCUGGUCGAGAUAUGACCUGGUGGCCAAUGGGAGCCUCUCUCUUUGCCAGUAACAUCGGCAGUGGCCACUUUGUGGGCCUGGCUGGGACGGGGGCAGCUUCAGGAAUUGCCGUUACAGCAUUUGAAUCACAUUCCUUUCUGUUACUGCUGGUUCUGGGUUGGUUUUUUGUCCCCAUCUACAUCAAGGCAGGGGUGAUGACCAUGCCAGAAUACCUCAGAAAGCGGUUUGGUGGGAAGCGACUCCAGAUCUACCUCUCCAUCCUCUCCCUCUUCAUCUGUGUGGUUUUGACAAUCUCAUCAAACAUAUUUUCUGGAGCCAUAUUCAUCAAGCUGGCUUUCGGACUGGACCUCUAUCUGGCGAUCUUCAUCCUCCUGGCCAUCACUGCUGUUUUCACCAUCACUGGGGGCUUGGCCUCUGUGAUUUACACAGACACGAUCCAGGCCAUCAUCAUGCUCAUUGGAUCUUUUAUUCUCAUGGUGUUUGCAUUUAUUGAAGUUGGGGGCUACGAGAGCUUUACAGAGAAGUACAUGAAUGCCAUCCCCUCUGUAGUCGAAGGGGACAACCUGACAAUCAGCCCCAAGUGCUACACUCCUCAGCCAGACUCCUUCCACAUUUUCCGAGAUGCUGUCACUGGAGAUAUUCCAUGGCCAGGAACUGCGUUUGGAAUGCUCAUUACAGCUAUGUGGUACUGGUGCACGGAUCAGGUUAUUGUACAGCGCUGCUUAUGUGGCAAGAACAUGUCUCAUGUGAAGGCUGCCUGCAUAGUGUGUGGCUACCUGAAGCUGCUGCCCAUAUUCUUCAUGGUGAUGCCAGGGAUGAUCAGCCGCAUCCUGUACACAGAUUUGGUGGCCUGUAUUGUGCCUUCUGAGUGUGUAAAGCAGUGUGGUGUUGACAUUGGCUGCACUAACUAUGCCUACCCAGCAUUGGUGCUGAAACUGAUGCCUAUGGGACUGCGAGGCCUGAUGCUGUCGGUCAUGGUGGCCUCUCUUGUGAGCUCUCUGACCUCCGUCUUCAAUAGUGCCAGCACUCUCUUCACUAUGGAUCUCUACACCAAGAUGCGGAAGAAAGCAUCUGAGAGAGAGCUCCUGAUAGCUGGACGGCUAUUUGUAACUGUGUUAAUUGUGACCAGCAUCUUGUGGGUGCCAAUAGUCGAGGUAUCUCAAGGGGGACAACUGAUCCAUUAUACAGAAGCAGUCUCUAGCUACCUUGGGCCUCCUAUUGCAGCUGUCUUUCUACUUGCCAUCUUCUGUAAAAGAGUCAAUGAACAAGGAGCAUUCUGGGGUCUGAUGGUUGGGCUUGUGAUGGGCCUUAUCCGUAUAAUCACAGAGUUUUCCUAUGGGACAGGGAGUUGCCUGGCUGCCAGUGACUGUCCCAAGAUUAUCUGUGGAGUGCACUAUCUAUAUUACGCCAUCAUUCUCUUUUCUGUGUCUGCGUUGGUUAUCCUGGGAGUUUCCUUCUUAACAAAACCCAUUCCUGAUGUACAUCUGUAUCGCCUGUGCUGGACUCUUCGGAACAGUGAAGAGGAAAGAAUCGAUUUAGAUGCAGAGGAUAAAAGGCAGGAAGAAGCUGGUGAUGGUAGUGAAGAAGAUCACCCUGAGAAACCUCGAGGAUGUCUCAAAAAGUUUUAUGACUCAUUCUGUGGUUUGCAAAAGGCAGGACCCAAACUGACUAAGGAGGAGUUGGAAGUCCUGGAGAAGAAACUCACAGACACAUCAGAGAAACCCUUCUGGAAAAAUGUAGUGGACGUCAAUGCCAUCCUCCUCAUGGCCGUGGCAGUUUUUUUCUAUGCCUAUUUUGCCUGA